GUGACAGCUGCGGCUGUACAUUUUUUUGGGAAUAGACUGCAAGUAUGGCUGCUGUUAAUUUGAGGGGCGUGAAAUGGAAAAAGUAAUUGAGAGAACGUUACCGCGAAAUGAAUCGUCUUAUUUCGCCAGUGCACUAUGAAUCUCGAUUUGGCUGUGCCUUGCUUUUAUAAGGAAAUCAAACUAUCCGUGACAUUCCUAUUAUGAAAUGCUGUUUCCCUAAAUGUUUUGGUUUCUUUGUGUAAUACUGUCGCGUAAAAAAUGGUUUGAUACAUCUAGAUUUUAUAAAUGCAGCUUUUUAGAAAUAGUUUCAUAGUUAGAGUUUGGCGAGAGUGCUAGUCCCCGAAUUCUGCUAUAAAGGGGCGCGUUAAAACAAUGUUUUCGAGGGGACGAAAGCAGGGAAACGAUACGAUUGACGUUGCAAAUAAGAGCUGUUUUAUAUACUUCGACACGUUAGCAUGCGUUCGUACAUGCCUUUUAGUGAUAUUUGCCAUACUUACUUUGCUGUUGAUACUCCUGAAACUUAUAAAGUACCAUGUACUCAGACAUCCUCAAAUUCACCACUUUGCAAUAUUCUAUAUAUCAGCAGGAGAAAUCGUAUUAUGUGCUGCUGCAGCUGCUGCCAACCUUCUUGUCCCACAACUGGAAUUUGCCGCCUACUUUUUACGGUUGCUGCAGCUAGCUGCAGUCUGUCAUCUCCACUGGUCACUGUAUGCAAGGACUCCUGUGCUAGUGCAGAAUGUUGUCAAUCCAGUCCUUUGCCUAUAUAUUCUUUACUGCACUACAGUUGCACUCAUGGGUAUGGUUGACAUAUCUGACACAUGGACACAAUGCAUGCGACCUUACUAUGUAAUGUUGUCAUCUGCGGACUUACUAAUGGUGCAACUAUUUGUUGGUGUAGCACUAUAUGUUACCAGACGUGCUGAUGGAAUAUCUUCUCUUGCCUCAUUCAAGGGCACACAAAAGCGAGAUUUAUGGAGUAUAAUUGUUGUGUAUGAAUUUUCUGCUCUGCUUACUGUUACCCAUGAUGCUGUUAUGCGAUUUGUUGGUACCGAAGCUGAAGGCUGCAGUGCAUUGUUUGCUCACAGACAGAUAUUCUAUUCAAUGGUUGCAUCACUUUUAAUGCUUGUAAAGUUCCUGGUUCCUACAUGGACUUUAUUGUGUGUGUUUCAACCUGUGGAAGGAGAUACUCAUAACUCGGAGGUUGCCCUUGCAAGCCGUUAUAACACAGCGGACGGUACAUCAGAGCCUGGAUUUCAUCAGUAUCAGAGAAUGACAUCGCCUCUGAGCCCACAUCUGCUACCAUUUGUAUCAGACUUUACAUCAUUAGGGAAUGGUGAACAACCACACACGGUAGUGGCUUCCCUUGGUCACAAGAAACUACCUCCAAAGGAUCGCAAGGCAUUGUCUACCAUAAGUGAGGAGUCGUAUCCUGCAUCUGCCCUUGAUAGCCCAUGUAGUCAGCGUGAUACUCUCAGCUGAAUUUGAGUAUAGCCAUUGUUGCAAAAGCUGAGAUGAUCAGAAAACCAAUUGUUCAGCUCUUCCUUGAGGAGACAUCUGGUCAAGUUUAAUUAUUUUUGGAAUAAGAGGAGCAGCAGCUGUAAGGAAAAACCCAAGCAUCAGCUGCAUUGCUGGGAGACAUGGAAGUAAUGUGUGUUAUCACCAAAACAAACAGAAUUCUUCAUUUACAUACACAUGAUGUUGUGUUAGUGCUUUAUGCUGACAGCAACAAUAGACCAGCAAUCUACCAACAAUCAGAGAAAGGAAUUGUACAAAUCUUUCCUUGUGCAUUGAGAUAAAUUUGAUGUGAUCACAACCUGGUUCACUGAAUUAUUGUGAAGGAGCAAUGACAUGACUUAUGCAGAGAACUUAUUUUGAUACACUAUACUGUAAUAAUAUGCUGUUUGUUAUCAUCAUGCUGUGAUUUAUCAUAUGCAAAAAUUGUGAUAGUCAUUCUCAUAUAUUCAGGAUUUAAGUAAAUGCAAACAGUGAGGAGGUUGCCUGUAUGGAUUGAAACUGUAGUUCAUUUGCCUUUAAUCUUUCUGCAUAUUUUCUUUAACCAUUUAUUUUGAUACUUUUUGUAGGUUUGUGUGUCUUCCCUGUGUUCACCAGUGUACUCAAAACUUUAUUUUUGCAUUUCAUUCUUUUUUAUUAAAUUCUGUUUUUUAUUAGUGGGACCACAGUCGUGAAUUUAUUGAAUUACUUCAACAUUUUUCCUCUUAUGCUGCAUAUUUAGUAAGAUCUCUUCUUAGUUACACAACUAGUUUGGGUUUAAAGAGCCAUUUUAGAGUAUUUACCGAGAGUAAGCUGACAUACUCAUGAAAAUAGCAAACUCAUUAUGUGUUAAACUAUAAAAAACAGUGUAAUUUGUAAAACAUUACAAAUGAUAACACAUUAUAUGAGUUCACUGCUUUGGGUAAGCCUAAAAAAUAACAUUUUAAUUAGAAACAACUUCUGUAACUAAGAAUAGGUCUUAAUAAAUGUGUAUCCAAUGUGCAGAAACGACAUCUUCAUUGUAUAACUCUAAAUACGUAUGAAUGUUUUGUACUGACAAUUCCCAGCAUAAAUCACAUUGAUGUCUGUUUUCGUUGAAAUUCAACUAUCCAGCCAUAUUAAUUGCUACUAACAUGAAAAUUGCUGCCAUUAAUCCUUGUUCAGUUAAUAUAUUACUUCUUUGUGCAAGUUGUCCCCCUCUGUGGAUUCAUUGGUCCUUUUCAUAAUGUGUUUUCCCUCCUCAAUGUUUAAACAUCAUUUUAGAUAUAUAUCUCCACGAGAGGUCUAAUGGAUGUCUCAGCAUUAUUUACCUUUCUUUUUCAUCCCAACUUCAUUUUUUGUAAUGCUUCACAUUUCUUUGAUGUUUCUCAAUUCUGUUUCAUCAACUUCCCUUUGCCUUUUUCUUAGUGAUACAAUAAGUGUUCACAUUGUAACCUUUAUUGCUGCCACCUGUAUGAAUUUAACAUUGGGAAGCUUCUUAUGUCCAAUCCAGCUUCUGUUUGUAGCUUGUUUUUACAUGAUGCACAGGUCUUGGUGUACAACUCAAAGCUUGAACCACUAUCAUAAAUUUGACUGCUUUGGUUCUUUUGCUAGUUCUUCUUGCUGUGUUCACGUUUAUCCUGCUAAAAGAAAUUUUAAUUAUUUAACUCUGUUAACUUGCCCUCCUCAUAAUUUUCCCUCAUGCAGUGUUUAAGCAGUUAAACUGUGAAAUUUCCAUUUAAUGAGGUGCUGUUUUGUAGCAGCAAAUUGCCAACAAAACACUGUUGAUACAAUAGCUUACAAUUUACACAGGAGACAUAUUUUUGGUGCAUUUGAGCAGUGCUGGUUAGUGUUGCUCCCAGUAGCCCAGCCUUCCUAUUCUUCUUCUCCCUCAUUAUUUUCUCAUUGCUGUUGCUCUUUGUGUUGCUUGGCCUAUACAUUCCACCUGUAUUUUCUACAUUUAAAGAAUAAUCAUAGUUUUUUUUCAUUGCUCACUGUUUCUGUUCUACUAUUUUGUCUCGUGAGGCUAAAAUUUCUUGUCGGUAAGCUCUUGUUAAGUGUGUUUAUAUAUGUCUAUGAUUCUCCUGAUAACUGAUCUAUCAAAUAUAAACUUUUGAUUUGUGAUUUACAUAUUAGUUAGAUAUGCAUCAGGUCUUCUUCAUAUUUCUACUUAAGGCUGUCUUGCUCUUUUAUCACUGGUACCCCCAUUUGACUAUUACUUCACUUCCUCCUCGUUUUCCUCCAUAUCCAUAUUUACAUCACUUAUUUUUGAAAACAUUUUUGCACUGUUUCUGAUAUUGACAUUUGUGUGGACAGAAAUCAAUCUCUCUAUUCUGUUGAGGAUUGCAUGGGAAAUACCAGAUCUCCUAGACCAGUGUUAAAGUUUUCACAGUGUUCAGUUUGCUGACUCGAAGUUUUCAGGCAGACAUCUCACAUGAAUACUUCAGACUAAAAAGCACAUUUGUACUCCUUUGAGACACAUUUUGUUAGAGUUGACAGUCAGCAUUGGGUUAACACAUUAAACAGGGAAGUUUGAGAUAUGUAGACAGAUUUUACAUCUUUACUAUUUCAGUAGAUUUUUGGUGUCAAGCAAUAGUACUGACAUUAUUAGUAAGUAUCUUCGCAAUUUUUAGUUCAUAAAUGCAAAGUAUCCCUCUUUCCAAUUAUUAAAGAUUAAUUGAAUUUAUUUUAUUUAUUUUCAAGUUCCACGGAUCCUUGACACAAGUGCAUCGCUAGGAUGUAGAAUGUGUCAGAUUGUUACAAUAAUAACCAUACGUAAAUGGCCAUGACACAAACUUCUUAUUUUCCAAACAAAUAGUGGAAAGAACAAAAAACUUUUUUUUUUUAAGUUGUGGAAUUUUCAUACUCAUAUGCAUCCACAUUUACUACUAAAAUGAGUAUUUGUUUCGUCAGUUUUUACCUUUCGAUACUGAAAAGUUUAUUGACACUUUCAUGUAGAAGAGCCCAGUUUUGUGAAUUCUUGCAUUUAAUACACAUAUUUUUGAUGAAAGUGUUCAAAUAUUUAGAAUUAUUUGCAGUUUUUUACUCAUUGAUAACUUUUUCACAAAAGUUUACAACACAGUGUAUGCAAUCUCUUUCGUAAAAUACACAAAAUAUCUUUAUAUUACUCAUAACUCUCAUCACUAAGAUAGGUAACUACCAAGUUGCCCUAAAAUGACUAGUAUUUUUGCAAAUUCUUUAUGGCUAUUAAUCUGUUUAUUUGUCGUUCAUAAAUGAAAUGUGACAGAUAUAUUCCCAUUUCGAGGUUAUAUGUUGACUUAAGUUUUUCCUGUGAUGUCCUUUAUUUCAUAAUAAUUGUAGGAUCCUUGUCUCUAAUCCACAUGUCUUAUUUUCUAAUAAUAAUACUCUCAUUUCUUUAGUGGUGUGUGCAUUUAUGCACAUUCCAUGGGCAACUACUUAUAUUAAAACAUCUGAAAAAUAAUUCUAAAGUCUAAUGCCAGGUGCCAGAAAUCACAUAUACAUACCAGUUCCUAGUAGUUUCUCUUUGCUACAUUUUAGCUUUCAGGACAUAUGGUUGAUUUUUCUUUUGGUGCCUUUAAAAAUACUUUUGUUCAUGAAUUUGAGUGCUCUGCUACUGCAGUGUAAAUUGUCUUUCCUUUUUAGUAGUGUAAUGUGGGACUUUAUGUUUCCAUAUAAUAUAUUUUGUCAUUUCUUUUUGUCAUUCUUAUGCAAAAGAUUUGACAUGUUAGGUAUGCAUCUAUAUAUUUCCAUUGCAGGCAGCUCUUUCCUGUUAUGUUUGAAUUUUUUUAAAUAUUCAAAGCAUUGUGUUUAAUUUAUUCUCUCUUCUUAAAUCACAGUCAUGUGAUUGUGUUACACUUAGGUGUGUGUAUGUUAUAUACACUGAAAUAUCCACUACUGUGUGGUGUAAUUUGUGCAGUCAGUUCAUGAAAUGAGAUCUGUUUUUAGUGCCAAAACAGAUUUUUCAAAUACGGUGGUUAAUGGAAGUUUAGGAAAAUGGACAAGUUUCACUAACCUUAUAGCAUCUGCCUGUGAAGUCACUUCUCUUCCCCACAACCUAGCCAGGUUUUUGAGAACUUACAGUUUUGCAGGCAUACAGUCAAAUGGCAGGUGUGUUAAUCUCGACACAAAUUUAUUAAAAGAUCUUAAGAUAUGGCCUACAAUUUGUUUGUGGUCCAUAUAAAUUAUGAUAAAUUGUGAAAUUGACUGCCAAUCUGUUACAACAGUCAUGUUAUCUACACCUGUUACACUUAAAAAGGAAAAUAUAAACUAAAUAAAAACAAAACUGAGAUUCAGUAGUCAAUGGGACACCAUUUUGAGACACCAAAGAUAUGGUAAAUUUUUAAAUAUUUAUAUAUUUGUGGAGUAAUUGUGUUGCGAAAUUUAAAAGUGAAUGUUAAACAAAUAAUGUAACAGACAGACAAAGUUUAGCUGUCUUGUUAUUGUGAUCAUGAAUUUGAAUAACUUCUUCACGAUGCUGUGUUUUAAUCAUUUUAAUCAGUGUGUUGUCCACAGUAGAAAAAAAGAAAGGGAAAAAUAUCACAUGCAUUUCUAGUCCAUUAGAAAAACUACCAUGCCCUGCCCCUUCCUGCCUUGAAGCUGCUUUUUUUCUCUCAAAACUCACUGCGGGUAGUCUCAGUUGUCUAGUUUUUCUAAUUAUGAAGAUUUUAAAUACCAUUAGCAGUAGCAGGAAAUGAGGAGAGUGAGUUUUUAUGUCCGAAAUGUGGUAGAACUCUUCUUGAGCCUUUUAAUAUAUGCAUCUGAUAUUCUGCAAAGUUUCAGUAGAUGUUCUAAAAUGUGAUAUUGUCUUUGACUUUAUUCCGAUGUAUGUCCAAGAAUAAUAUUGUAGAUCUUCUUUUGAUGUGUACAUAUUUGAAUUUUUAUACAGUAGAUCUUAGAGACUGAUAGUCUGCAAUUUAUUUAAUGCAGCAUCGGUUGUGUAAUCAGCUCAGUUGUUUAAAUAUUUUGUCUUCCAUGUUUUCUAUAGAAAUUUUGAAAGUACAUUGUCUUAAUUUUGAUUUUGUGUGUCGUAGGUAAGUACUCAUCUGAAUUAUAUAUUACCAUCUCAGUCUUCCUUGGAAAUGAAUUGCAAAACCUUGUGAUUUUGAUAUCCAAUGUUCACAUGAUUCAAAAUAUGUAGGUGAAUUAUUUUAAACACAUAAUUUUUUUUUGUUAUGAAUUUUCUUGAAGGUCUUGCUGCAGAAUUUCCAAACCCAUUUUUUUGUUAAUUACUGAUUAAAUUUAUUUGUAGAGUUUCAGAAAUAAAUGUAUUGGAUGCUUCACUAAAUACCUUGGGAUUUAACUUUGAAGAUGAUAUUGUGAGAGUCAUGUGUUAAAAAAAAGACAGGUUUUAAAAAAUAGUGGUCACAGAUAUAUAAUUUACAUUGUAUACCUGAUGUGCAUUUUGUGUAGAAUACUUACUGGUGUAUUUGAUGUGUCUAUAGUACAAAUACUAUAUAUUAGGUUGUGACAGAUCUUAACGUGUAAAUGAGCUUGAUUUAUUGUAUUUUGAAACUAUAAUCAAUGCAUGUGAUAUAAAGCAAUAUGUUUCUUCUUUUUUUAAGAUUACAUGAAAUGCUCAUUCUCUGUUUUAAAAUGUGAUAAAGAAGACUAAUUUUUUGUAUCAAUGAUUAGUGUGAUUUGAUUGGUUAUUAAGAAAUAUAAAGCAUUUAAUAUUAGACUCAAUGUUUAUUCUUG